CCGCCGCGACGGGUCCUGAUGGAGCCGCCGCAUCUCUAUCCGGUGAUGCUCUACGUGUACGACCUGUCUAAGGGCCUGGCCCGGCGGCUCAGCCCCAUCAUGCUGGGGAAACAGCUGGAAGGCAUCUGGCAUACCUCCAUAGUGGUGCACAGGGAUGAGUUCUUCUUCGGCAGUGGCGGCAUCUCCAGCUGUCCCCCGGGCGGGACAUUGCUUGGGCCCCCAGACUCGGUGGUGGACGUGGGGAGCACAGAAGUCAGCAAAGACAUCUUCCUGGAGUACCUGUCUUCCCUGGGAGAGUCUCUGUUCCGAGGAGAGGCUUAUAACCUCUUGGAACACAACUGCAACACCUUCAGCAAUGAAGUGGCCCAGUUCCUGACCGGGAGGGAGAUCCCAUCGUACAUCACUGACCUUCCCUCCGAAGUCCUCUCCACACCCUUUGGGCAGGUGCUGAGGCCCCUCCUGGACUCCUUCCAGAUCCAGCCGCCCGGCGGGAACAACGUGGGCAGACCCACCAACCAGAACUAA